AUGUCGAAUCAAACAUUCCUUGUUGGUUCCGGUAGUGAAACUAUAUAUGCUUGUCGUUUGACACAUGAUGGACAAUUACUACUACUUAAUGAAAAUAAAAGUGGAAAAGGGCCAUCAUGGCUUCUUGCACGUGAUGAUUUACUCUAUGCAGUCAAUGAACAGGAUGAUAAAGUAGAAAUAUUUACAAUUGAUGAUCAUAUUCAAGGGAAAUUAACAUCAAAAAAGGUUAUUUCAUCACAAGGAAGUACACCGUGUUCACUUGAUAUUGAUUCAACCGGUAAAUUACUUGCUGUAGCUAAUUAUGGUGGAAGUGGUUCAUCUAAUUUUGUUUUAUUACCAUUAAAUAAAUCUCAUAUUCCAGAAGAAAAUAAUGCUCAGAUAAUAUCAAUAGAUGGUCGUGGUCCAAAUCAUGAUCGUCAAUCUCAUUCACAUUGUCAUCACGUAAAAUUUUAUCAAAAUUAUUUAUAUAUUAUUGAUUUAGGUACAGAUACAAUAAAUGUAUAUCGUUAUGAUGACACAAAUGGUCAAGCACAUUUACAUUGUGAUCGAAUUAAAACACAACCAGGUGCUGGACCACGGCAUAUAUGUUUUCAUCCAGAUAAAUCAUUAGCUUUUGUAUCUAAUGAAUUAGAUUCAACAACAAAUGUUUAUCGAAUAGAUCCAAUCAUUGGUAAAUUAGAACAUCAACAAACAAUAACAACACGACAUAGAGAAGAUGAAAAAGAAAAUACUCCAGCUGAAUUACAAUUAACACCAGAUAAAAAACAUUUACUUGUUUCAAAUCGAGGAGAUGAAAAUAUUGUUAUUUAUAAUAUAAAUGAUAAUAAUAAUCAAGUUUUAAGUAUUAAAGAACAUCUUGACGUUCAUGGUUCAGGUCCACGAUAUUUUACAUUCGAUCCAACUGGUCAUUUUCUACUUGUUACCAAUCAAAAUUCGAAUAAUUUGACAUGUUUUUCAUAUAAUAGAAGUAAAGAUACAUUUGAAUUUAUUUCACAAUUGGUUAAUAUUGAAAGUCCUCAACAUAUUGUUUUUAUUUCUUAG